GCAGGUAGCUGUAUCCAGCUGGGUGGCAGGUGGAUCCAAGGGUUACCAUGAAGUUUUCAGGACCCCUGGAGAGCCAGAGGUUGUCUCUCCUUCUGGAGACGGCAAUCUCUAGGGAAGCUCAAAUGUGGAAAGCACAUGUGCCGAAAAUUCAGCCCAAUCAGGAUGUAGCCAUUUCUCCAAAGCAGAGGGAUGAGGUCAUCCAGUGGCUGGCCAAGCUCAAAUACCAGUUCCACCUUUAUCCAGAAACGCUCGCCCUGGCCAUCAGCCUUUUGGACAGGUUUUUAGCUGCAGUAAAGGCCCGUCCAAAGUACUUGAACUGUAUUGCUAUCAGCUGCUUCUUCCUUGCUGCAAAGACCAUUGAGGAAGAUGAGAGGAUUCCAGUACUGAAGGUGUUGGCUCGGGAUAGCUUUUGUGGUUGUUCUCCAGCUGAAAUUCGCAGAAUGGAGAAGAUUAUCCUGGAUAAACUGAACUGGGAUCUUCACAUGGCAACGCCACUGGAUUUCCUUCAUAUUUUCCACGCAGUUGCGGUGUCCAACAGGCCUCAGCUACUGACCAUCCUGCCCAAGCUGAGUCCCUCUCAGCACGUGGCGGCACUCACCAAGCAGCUGCUGCACUGCAUGGCCUGUUACCAGCUGCUGCAGUUCAAGGGCUCCAUGCUGGCGCUGGCCAUCGUCAGCCUGGAGCUGGAGAAGCUGCUCCCCGACUGGCUGGCUCUCAUCAUCGAGCUGCUCCAGAAGGCACAGAUGGAUAGCUCGCAGCUGAUCCACUGCCGGGAGCUUGUGGCACAUCACCUUUCCACUCUGCAGUCUUCUCUGCCGCCCAAUUCUGUAUAUGUCUACAGUCCCCUCCAGCAUACCCUGGUGACCUGUAACAGAGGAGCGUUCAAAUGCCAGCCCUCCUCUGUCCCAGGGCCAGGUUUCUCCAAGGACAACGGCAGGCCAGAAGUGCCAGUCACAGCUACAGCUGCGCUCUACCAGCGUCUGCCAGCUCCCAGCGGUUGCAAGCAAGCCUCUGCCAAGCGUAAAGUGGAAGAGAUGGAAGUGGACGACUUCUACGACGGUAUCAAGCGUCUCUACAACGAAGACAUCGCUCCGGAGGUAGUGGCUCUUGAAAGCAUGGGCUCUGUUUGUGGCGCUGAUGUCUCGAGGCAGGAGGGCAACGUUUCCCCUUGUCCACCUUUGCAGCCAGUGUCUGUUAUGUAGCCGUGAGCGCACACCACCCGCUCCGCCAUAGCUGCUCUAGAAACCACGCAGCACCUGGCAUCCUGUGUUCGCAGUGGGGGGAGAUGGGGCCAUACCUUGUCAGGCUGAACUGAAGGGAGCCAAAAAACAGAAAAAAAAAAAAAUCCCAACCCUUUUUUGAAUUUUUUUCUUGUGCGGCUAAUUAUAGUUCCACUAUUUAAGCACUUAAAAACACAAAAAAGUAUAAAAAUCUAAAAAAAGACCCAAAAACCAAACAAAAAAAGUAGCAAAAACCUGUUCCUUUCUAGUGUUGUCACAGUUCUACUGUUUUUCUGCUCCUGUGUGUUGUAACCCAUUCUCCACGUCCAAGAGCUCACAUCAGUCGUGCAGAGUCGUUCCAGGUUUCCCAGCCAACUAACACCUC